AGGGGGUGGGUGUGUUUGAUUUCUUCCUCGCGGCUGCAACAAGCAAUCCAAUCCACAUUAGCUUCUAUCUACGCGUUGAGUUCUUCCCCACGUCAAGCAGAGCACCAAAAUCAAUUCCAGGUAGCAAAGGAGCUUGAGUGGGUGGUGCAAUGGAACUCCAAGAGAGCUUCGAUGUUGAGCCUUUGUUUUCCACCCCCACCGACACCGACUGGGGGAUCCCGAUGUCCCCUCUUCCUCUUCCUCUUCCUCUUCCUGUCCCACCCAGCAGCAGCCAUAUGAUUAUGGACAGCUUGGCCGGAGUACUUUGUAGAUGUAGUUUCUGGCGUUGGUGGUAGCUAGGGAUGUUGAAUUUGGAUUCUACUCCUAGAUGUUUAUCCCCCCUUGUUGUGCACUAUAUAUAUAUAUAUUUCUGCAUGAAUGAAUUUGCAGGGAUUUGCGUACACCAAAUGGGUUUUGGAAAAAACAGACAAGCGACAGGGUGAUCAGGGCGGGACACAACGGGGUUGUCGGGGUCAAGAGGACCAUCAAGUUUCACCCUUCCCCGCCCACGUCCACGGGAGAUGAUGCAUUGCCGUUGCCGGGCACCAACACCAACUGGAUCAUGAACGUCUACUAUUAUUGUCUCCACGGAUCUGUCCAGCAUGGUUUAGUCCUGUGCCAUGUAUUCGAGACAGACUCAACCGACUACGACGACACUCCCAAAUGCAUCAGCGUCGGAUGCCAUCCAGGAUCUUGCAAUGGAAACCACAGUGGUCAAGCAUUCGGAGCUCCAAGCAGCAACGCUUUAUCCAAUUCAACACAUCCAGGAUUAAACUCUUACAUUGCAGAACUUGGGAACCUCUUGCUCGGUGACCCUGGUGACCAUGACAACUCCGCAGAUACUGCAAACUCUAGUGCAACAGCAGGCGCACCUCCAAAAGCUGACCAUGGGCUCUCGAAAAAGCGCAAGAAGACCUCGGAUGUUUGGGAUUACUUCACCAAGAUAUUUGCACGCGACAUCAACGGGAAGGUGCUGACAUUCGCGGCGUGCAACCACUGCUGCAAGAUACUAACAGGCAGUUCCAAGGGUGGCACCACACACCUCGCAAGGCACGCGUGCCCGUGCAAGCUCAAACCAGUAGAAGCUGGCAGAAAUGCCAAGGAUUCCUAAGUUCUUGGUCGGCUCAUUUCUUUAAUUAGGAAUGCUUUUAGUAUUAUAUAAGUUGAGGGUACUACUAAAAUUUGAAGGCUAGCUACGGAAAUAAGAUGGCUCAGCGGCUGCUCCGUGUCCGUGUGUGGAUCACCGUUGUUCUAUUUUCUCUUUCUUUCUUUUUUACUCCGCGUAGGCAUGACUUCGUUUUUGUAUAAGUUUUGCCGGCGUGAUUCUUUUAUAUGUGUGUAUUGGUGUUGAUUGUGUGCAUCCUGUCAUGCGCAUUAUCUUGAGUGUAUGUUCAUUGUGUUAAUAUCUCCCUGAUGUACAUUAUGAGCCAAU